GCAUCACCGUGAACAACUACAAAAAAAAAGUUAUUUUUUUCCUCCUCCUUAUACAUCGUAUUUAAAAACGCGGUCAAACAAAGGGGAGUAGAAGACGCUCAGCCGGGACCAGAAUGGUUAAUACGGGCUAAGGACUGCUGGAGGCUUGGGUCUACGUCACGCUGAGAGACAGCGAGAUCCGACGGCGGGACACACGUACGCUUCUCCUCCUCCAGACACACCGGCGAGCCGGAGGACGGAGUCCCGACCUGAUCAACCGAUCGAACCGUUCGCGGCUCUCCCGGCUCUCCAGGACCGGCGGCGGCCGAGAGCGAUGCGACGGGGGUCCGGCCUGUGUCGGGACCGAUCGCGUUAGACCCGCCGGGCAGCUCAUCUCGGCGCGCCGUAGCGCCUGGUAAUCCGGUUCGCGUGUUGUUACCGCCGGGGUGGAAGAUGGCAGCGAACAUGUACAGGGUAGGAGAUUAUGUUUACUUUGAAAACUCUUCAAGCAAUCCGUAUUCUGUGAGACGAAUAGAAGAGCUGAACAAGACUGCCAAUGGAAAUGUGGAGGCCAAAGUGGUGUGUUUCUACAGACGGAGGGACAUCCCCAGCAACCUCAUCGCUCUGGCCGACAAACAUGCGAAGGAGCUGGAAGAGGAGAUGGAAGGCGAGAGCCUGCAGCAGCUGACCGAGAAGCAGAGGCACCAGCUGAAGCACAGAGAGCUCUUUCUGUCCCGGCAACUGGAGUCCCUUCCGGCCACACACAUCCGGGGAAAGUGCUGUGUAACCCUUCUCAAUGAGACAGAGGCUCUGUUUUCCUAUCUGGAAAAAGAGGAUUGUUUCUUCUACUGCCUCGUGUACGACCCUCAGCAAAAGACACUCCUUGCAGACAAGGGGGAAAUCCGAGUCGGACCCAGGUUUCAGGCUGAUAUUACGGAUCUGCUGAAUGAAGGGGAGGAAGAUGGCAGAGACCAGGCCGAGUUAGAAACAAAAAUCUGGGAACCCGAGAGCCCUCUUACAGAUAAACAGAUUGACCAGUUUCUGGUAAUUGCACGCUCUGUGGGUACGUUCGCCCGUGCUUUGGACUGCAGCAGCUCGAUCCGACAGCCCAGCCUUCACAUGAGCGCGGCCGCCGCCUCUCGGGACAUCACCCUGUUCCACGCCAUGGACACGCUGCACCGGACCGGCUACGACAUGUCGCGGGCCAUCACGGCUCUGGUGCCGCAGGGCGGGCCGGUCCUGUGCCGGGACGAGAUGGAGGAGUGGUCCGCCUCCGAGGCCAACCUCUUCGAAGAGGCGCUGGAGAAAUAUGGCAAGGACUUUGCCGACAUCAGGCAGGACUUUCUUCCUUGGAAAUCCUUGACCAGUAUUAUAGAGUAUUACUACAUGUGGAAGACCACAGACAGAUACGUUCAACAGAAACGUCUAAAGGCAGCAGAAGCAGAGAGCCGACUUAAGCAAGUUUACAUCCCAAACUACAAUAAGCCCAACCCCAACCAGAUCAACGUGAACAACGCCAAGACGGGCCUGGUCAAUGGAUCCAGCUCCCAGGGUCCGAGUGGAAAUGCUGGCUGGGCGUGCGAGAGCUGUUACUCCAUCCAGUGUUAUCAGUGGUAUUCCUGGGGUCCACCCAACAUGCAGUGCCGUCUGUGUGCCAUCUGCUGGAGCUACUGGAAGAAGUAUGGUGGCCUAAAGAUGCCCACAAGGCUAGAAGGAGAGAGACCAGGCCCCGCCAGAAACAGUAUGGCUCCCUUCAGCUAUUGGGUGAAGAACGCCAACCCCAAGUACACCCUGAAGACCAAACAGGCCUUCUACCUGCAGACCGCGAAGCUGACCAGACUCGCCCGCUACCUCUGUCGGGCGCUGCUACAGCCAAGGAGAGCCGCUCGCCGGCCGUUCGUGCCCAUCAACAGCGCCGCCAUCAAAGCGGAGUGCACGGCGAGACUACCCGAAGCAGAAAAACAAAUCGUCAAGUUGAAGCCAGCGACGCGCAAGCCCCUGGAAGUGAUCGUCAAGUACCUGGAGCUGCACCCCUACGUGAAGCCCGAGCCGGUGAAGCCUGCCGUCAGCCUGGCGUCGCACCCUGGGAGCACCAGCGUGGCCAAGGUGGCGCCGGUCAUCAACCACGGCUCCACUACCAUCCUGGGGAAACGCAGCUACGAGCAACACAAUGGCGUGGAAGGUAAUGUGAAGAAACGGUUGCUGAUGCCUUCGCGAGGUCUGCCAAAUCACAGUCAAGUAAGACAAAUUGCUACGUUAAACAAGAGCUACCUGCUGAACGGCAAGUCCCUGGAGAGGAGCCAGCGCAUGCUGAAGCAGGGCUCCCUGCCACCGGUCAAGGGGCGCAGGAUGAACUGGAUCGACGCUCCUGAUGAUGUCUUCUUCAUGGCCACCAAUGACACCAGGAAAGUCCGUAAACUCCUCGCCUCGUUUGACAUCAAGAGAGCCGCCAGGCAGCCUUACAAGCAGAUCUGCAUCAAGCACGUCCAGUCGGACCUGGAAACUCCACUGCAGCUGCGGCACCCCGUUAACGAGGAGCCCAUCGUCAUCGAAGAUUAGCGGGGGGAAACUGCGGAACGGUCCUGCUCGCGGAGUC